AAAGAGAGAGGUGUACGUAGUCUGGAGUUUGGACGCAAUGAAAGCAAGGAAUGCUGUCCUUUUUCCACAUGUUGAAACCCCAACAAGCCACCACCCGAAACUUGACAUGCAGUCCAGCCCACAGCACCCAUCAUGCAUCAUCCAUGCAGAAAUAUUAAGUUUGGAAUAUCCAAGAUCGAAUGCCUGCCUCCAUCUUCAUUUCCCACAAGGAAAACCUGUUAUUUUUUCUGACUUCUUCAGCUAGCUAAUUGAUAUCAGAGGAUCAAUGAGAGCUAUGGGAGAGAGAUUACUGCCAUCGACACCCACACCCAUGCGCGAAAAGAUUGUUCCUUCCUCAGACUGGACAGAAGACUCCAAUGGCCAUUACCUUCUCGUUGAUCUUCCAGAUUUUAAAAAGGAGGAGGUCAGGCUUGGGGUGAAUAUCUCAGCUGGCCACAUAACAAUCAGCGGAGAAAGGCAAGUGAACGGAAAGAAAACCGAGUAUUUUGAGCAGAAUUUUACCCUUCCACCAAACUCAGAUGUUGAUAAGAUCACCGGAAAAUUUGACGGUGAGAUUCUCUAUGUCACUGUACCAACGGUGGCAACAGCGGUCGAAGAACAAAGGAAAGAACCUGAAACAGAGUAUGAAAAUGUCCAAGGCGGCGCCGCUGCUGUCACGGAACCUCCUCAAAUAGAGAAGAAUGAAAAUGUGGAAGGCUUAAGACCCAAAAAUGAAGGAGAGCAUGGCUCAAACAAAGUUGAUGGCAUAAAGUACGGAGAGAUAAGAAAAUUAUUAGGAGAAGGAAAUAGGCACAUAUUCUUUUCAGCGGAGGAUAUAAGGAAAUGGGAGGAGGAAGGAGGGAAUAUUAUAAGGACUGCAAUGGAGAUGUUGAACAAAAACAAGGGGAUAGUUAUGACUGCUGUGGUUGCAUUUUCAUUAGGGAUGCUAGUUUCUCGUAAGUUCCAAUCAGCCGGAGAAUGAGCUAAUUAAGGCUAAUUAAGCUGUGUGUUAACUGUUAAUUACGUGUCAUCACAUCGUAUGGUUGUUGAUAUAAAUGUACAGAAUAAAAAUUUCAAUCAAUAAGUUAAUCCUCAGCUAUAUUUCUACGAAAAAAGGUUUAAUCUCGUUUGCGUUUUGUCUUGAAAUAUUU